AUGGCGGCGACGGCGCUGGGCGACCAGCCCAGCGGGGCAGCGGGCGCAGGCUCGCCCAAGGCCGGUCAGGGUGGACCUGGCGAGGUGGGCGGUGGCGGCGACGGUGAGCCGGGCUCGCCCACGCCGGGCGUGGCGGGCGUAGCGGGCGUGGCGGGCGUGGUGGGCGUGGUGGUGUCGGGUACGGCGUCGGACCGCGGGGCGGCGUCGGGCGGAGCGCCCGCCCGCGACUUUGCCUCGCGCGAGGCCGAGCUUGUAGCGCGGCGGCAACGGCCGGGCGCCGAUGCCGAGCGGUACGCGCCGUGUUUUGCAGACUCGACGACACUGUUCCGGACAGCGGCUGCCGGCGUCCUGCCCAAGUACGACGUGGUGGAAGGCCGCCGCCGGCGGCGGCGGUUCUUUACCACCCGCGCCCGGCUGCUUGCCGAGGAGCAGCUCGAUGUCGAUGACGAAGGGGCCGAGCCGCGCGAUGGGUCCUCCGGCGGCCCGGCGCCUGCUCGGCGACCGCGUAAGGUCUUUGUGCUGGGCGCUGUGCCCAAGACAAGAGCCAAGGUUGCCCUCGACCGCAGGCUGCGCCGCGCCCGCGAGGAGGAGCGCGGCGUGUACGAGCCGUCGUCGUGGGAGACCAUGGACUGCGAGCUCGACGACGACUCGUCGAUCCGCACCCUCGCCUCGCGCUCGGCGCUCGACGCCCGCAUCCGCUGGGAGGCUUCGCGCCGCAUCGACGGCGCCCACUCGCGCGAGCACUCGCCGCCGCGGGUCGUCGACCCGCUCGACGCCUCCAACAAGAUUCGCAACGCCCUGAAGAUCAGGCGCAUGCGCGUCUACCUCGACCGCCUCCGCGCACGCAAGGCCUACAUUGUCGACAACCACCGCGAGGAGCAGGGCGCCGUCGAGCUCGUCUUUGCCCAAAAGUACGGCGCCUCGUUUGACGACGUCAUCGCCGAGAUGGCCAAGUCCGGCGAGCCUGUCGAGCUUCCAUGAUGU